GAUUUUUUGGAGGAUUUAUGGGACCGGAUACAAGUUCUAUCUACUAAUGGUUGGAAACUUGACAGUGUCCCUAGGCCUCACCUCUCUUUUGAAGCACAGCUAGUUGCUGGAAAGUCCCACGAGUUCGGGUCCAUUAACUGUCCUGAUCAACCGGGUCUGCCUUCAACAACUUCUAGUGCAAGUUAUGGUAAACAAAAGCAUGAUGCGGAAUUGAGAUAUCCUCAAAGGAUACGCCGGCUUAAUAUAUUCCCUCCAAGUAAAAGUGAGGAUAUACAACCCAUAGAUCGCUUUGUCAUGGAAGAAUAUCUGCUGGAUGUGCUGUAUUUCUUCAAUGGCUGGUUUGUAACACCAUCAACCCAUUAGUUUAAGACAAAUCGAUUUCAAUGACGUGUUUGGUUUAAUUACUUUCAAUUACUUUUAUACUUCUGCCCAAGUUUUUUAGCAUAAAACCGUUAGGUAAAGUAAUAGUGUAAUACAAAGAUGAUGCACACCUCAUCAAAACAAAAAACAAAA